AUGGCCACACUUUUCUGGUUCCUGUUGGAGAUCAUGGAGGCUCGACCUGUACCACUUCUCUGCACAAUCUUGUUACUCCUCAUGCCCCUCCUCUUCAUCUGGACCAAGUUUGGACAACUCCUUUUCACUCGGAGACCUCCCACUCCUGAAGAGAUCAAGCUUGCAGAUUCCCCAGUUAAAGCCUUGUUCUCAAACAUGGAGAGACUCGUCCUUAUGUUAUAUGAGAUUGCAUAUGGGGAAGACAUCAAAGCCUUUCUCUUGACAAUCUUUUAUGUGGUCAUCAUAGACACCAUUGGGAGCUACAUCAGUUUCCUCACAAUCCUGUAUACAUUCACAAUCCUUCCAGGCUUAGUCUGCUCGAUGACGAUUCCGGUUUUGUACCUGCAAUUUCAAGAGGUCAUUGACGGUUUGAUUGGGAAUGUAUCGGAAGAGAUGAACAAGUUACUUGUAGUAUUCAAAUCCAAUGUUCUGGACAAAAUUCGUAGGGCCAUCAAGAAGGAGUAG